GUGUUGACUCCUAGCUUCCUCCAUUAAGGGGUACAGCGUUCGCUUUCAAUCGAGCCAAGGUUAUUCAGACUAUAUAUGGAUCCUUACACAGUCUUGAAGCCAUUUUCGACCUGGAAUUAGCGUCAGACAAUCUCCAAAUGGUCCGACCACGUCCAUCACCAUGCUAUACUACAUACUACAUACUACAUGCUAUACUAUACUACAUCACCGCUAUACUACCCCAAGCUACCCUGCACCAAAGUACCCUACCCCUGGCUACCCUGCACCAGCUUACCCUACUCCCAGCUACAACAAGGAUAACAAAUACGCUGAUAUCACCAUCACCAGCCAAUCUGACGAACGCAACCUCGAUGGCAGCAGCCAAUGGAGCUAUGCCCAGUCUGACUACACUACCCGUGAAGAGUCCCAGGUUCAGAAGAAGAUGCAAGGAGUCACUUACGAUUCUUACGGCAAAGAAUCAUACGGUGAAGUCCUAGGCAACACCAACAAGGGAUCCUCUUACUGGGUAUCCUCUGAAGGCCAGAAAUUCACUUUGACCUGGGCCGCUGAUGAAGCUGGAUUCCAGCCCAAAGGUGAUCACUUGCCCGUCGCACCCGUCCACGAAUACGAACUCCCAGUUGCCCCCGUCCACAUCCCUUUCAACGGCAAAGGCUACAAGAUCUACUAAAUUAAUGAAAUCUCAAUUGAACAAAUAAUUUAAAACUAUGUAUUUUAUGCCUUACGCCUUUUGGCUCUUGAUGUAAAAAUGUGUGAAUAUAAAGUGGAGACUA